CCUUAUCUGUGGUCAUGUGGUGGGGUCGAGCCGAACCGAACCGAGCCGAGCAAGCUCCAUCGAUCGGCCGCCUCGUCGCAUCAAAUUCCAAAAACCCUCCGCGAGCUCCGACGACGCGGCCGCCAUGGACGGCAGCGACGACGAGUGCUGCUACUACUACGACGCCGUCGACAGCGAUGGGGACGAGGAGGAGGAGGAGGAGAUAAUAAUGCUGGACGAGGACGACGUAGGCUUGCUCGACGGCGCCGCGCUGCCGCCGCCGGAGGAGGAGGUGGAGCACCGCGCGAUUUGCUGGGCCAUUACAAAAGAAUCCCUUGCAGCUGCGCAGGAGCAAGACCUGUCCAUGGUGAUGAACCUGGUGAACGUUGAGCGGCACAACGCGCGCGCCCUCCUCGCCCACCACCGGUGGAAGAUGGAGCGCAUCUACGACCGCCUCGACAUGAUGGGCCGGGACGCCUUGCUCAGGGACGCCGGCGUCGUUGUGCUGCCGGAGAAGAGCAGCAGCAGCGGCAGCAGCAUGGCCAUGGCGAAGACGAACCCCCCGGGAAGCGUGGCUGUCACCUGCAACGUCUGCUUUGAGGAGUACCCACUCGGCUCUGUCUCCGCCAUGGAUUGUGGCCACUGCUUCUGCAAUGACUGUUGGACGGAGUACUUCGCUGCGGCGGUGAGCGACGGCAGCAAGCAGAUGAGGUGCAUGGAGGUGAAGUGCACGGCGAUCUGCGACGAGGCGGUGGUGCGGCUGCUGCUGCACGGGAAGCACCCCGGCGCGGCGGCGCGGCUGGACCGCCGCCUCCUGGAGGCGUGCGUGGAGGCCAGCGACGCGGUGCGGUGGUGCCCCAGCGCGCCGCACUGCGGGCGCGCCAUCCGGGUGGACGGCGGGGGCGGCGGCGAGGAGCGGUACGCCGAGGUGUCGUGCCCCUGCGGCGCCGUCUUCUGCUUCCGCUGCGGCGGCGGCGCGCACUCGCCGUGCCCGUGCCCCAUGUGGGACAAGUGGGGCGCCAUGCGCGGCGGCGGCGAGGUCGACAACCUCAAGUGGAUCGUCGCCAACACCAAGAGCUGCCCCAAGUGCUCCAAGCCCAUCGAGAAGAACGGCGGCUGCAACCAUGUCACUUGCACCUGCGGCCAGCAUCUCUGCUACGCGUGCGGCGCGGCGACGGGGACGUUGUACAUGCACAUCUGCAACCGCUACAAGGAGGAGGGCGGCGGCGGCGGCGUGAAGGUGGAGAUGACCGCCGGUGGGCGGCAGCGGCUGCGGUUCAUGCACUACUACGAGCGGUUCGAGAUCCACACCGAGUCGUACAAGGAGGAGCAGGGGAAGCUGGGUCCGGCCAUCGACGCUCUGGCGCGGCGGCUGGAGGCGGACGCCACGCUGCCGUGGUCGGGCACCAGGGACGCCCGGUGGCCGUCGGCGGCGCACCGGCGGCUGCUGCGGUGCCGGCAGGUGCUCCCGCGGUCGUACGUGCUCGCCUACUACAUGUUCGGCGGCGGCGCGGCGACGCGGCGCGAGCGGGAGGAGGCGGCGGCGCAGAACCGGUUCGAGGAUUUGCAGGGGCAGCUGGAGCACCACGUGGAGGUGCUGUCCAGGACGCUGGCGGCGGCGGCGCGGCCGGCCGACGCGGCGGAGGUCGUGAAGGCGAAGCGCGACGCCGACAACCUCGCCCGCGUCGUCGAGGGGCUGUGCGCCGGGAUGUACCGGUGCGUCCAGGACGAGCUGCUGCCGCUGCUCGUCGAGCCCAUGAACAUCGCCGCGUACCAUCCGGACGGCCCGGCCAUGGCCAAGGAGUUCCCGCCGGCGACCAGCGUGACCGGCGGAGCACCGCCGGCGACACGCCACUAAGCCACAACGUGUCGAGUUCAUUAUUACUAUACGAAGCAAGGUUGUAAACGGUCGAUGGGUGAAGGGAAGCAGGUGGUUUUGGGAAAAAUUCUAUUGUCCAAACAUGUUUGUGGUUUGGCAUGGUGGAUUUUUGGAUUAAUUACUAGCUAAGUAGUAUAGGAAAUAUCCUAUAUUGAUACAGAGGAAAUGAUGGAUUAUUUUGUGCUGAU